AUUACAUCCACAACCACUGCAGCCCCUACUACAACCACAACCACCCCAGUCCCCACUACAACCACAACCACAGCAGCCCCUACUACAACCACAACCACAGCCACCCCCAGUACAACCACAACCACUGCAACCCCCACUACAACCACAACCACUGCAGCCCCCAGUACAACCAGAACUACUGCAGCCCCUACUACAACCACAACCACUGCAGCCCCCACUACAACCACAACCACUGCUGCCCCUACUACAACCACAACCACUGCAGCCUCAACCACAACCACUGCAGCCCCUACUACUAUCACAACCACUGCAGUCCCAACUACAACCACAACUACUGCAGCCCUAAUUGCAACCACAACCACUGCAGCCCCCACUAAAACCACAACCACUGCAACCCCAACUACAACCACCACUACUGCAGCCCCCACUACACCCACAACAACUGUAACCCCAACUGCAACCACUGCAUCCCCUACAACCACAACCACUGCAGUCCCCACAACAACCACAACCACUGUAGCCCCUACUACAACAACAGCCACAACUACUGCAGCCCCCACUACAACCUCAACCACUGCAGCCCCUACUACAACAACAGACACAACUACUGCAGCCCCCACUACAACCUCAACCACUGCAACCCCACCUACAUCAACAACCACUGCAGCCCCCACUACAACCUCAACCACUGCAGCCCCCACUACAACCACAACCACUGCAGCCCCCAGUACAACCACAACCACUGCAGCCCCUACUACUACCACAACCACUGCAGCCCCCACUACAACCACAACCACUGCAGCCCCAACUACAACCACUAGAACUACUUCUGAUCCCAAUGGUCCUACAUUCAUGUCACUUUCAUUCAGAAUGAUAAUGGACUUCAAAGAAACCCUGAGAGAUGAGAAGUCACAGGAUUUCAAAGACUUAAGUGAUAAAGUUAGCAGAGAUCUAUAUAAAGUUUACGUAGUGCUGUAUCCUUUUGGUUUCGUCAGAGUAUUGGUUAGAAGAUUCAGGCCGGGAUCAGUCAUCCCAGAAGUAGAUUUGGAAUUCAAAGCCAAUUCCACAACCCCAAGCAAUCCGGACAUUGUCAGAACUCUCUACACAGCAUUGACUGGAUCAGGAAAUCUGGGAGACCUAGUAUUGGACAAAACAAGCAUUACAUCGAACACUGCGGAUGUGAAUACACUACCUCCACUUAGCAUUGUUAUAGAAUUCCUCCUUAUAGACGGAUUUACACCAGGACUGUCCAGUAGCAUAUCUGCAGAAUCAAUUCAACUUAAUGAUAAAAUCAAUAAUUGGUUGAAAUCUAUCCUUGAAACAUAUUAUGGUCAAACAAUGGUGAAUUCAGCCUUUGCAAACUUUAGCAACUCUGAUAAUUGGAUCCAGACCAAGGUGGUAUAUCAAUUCAGCACACCCAUAAUUGUGAACCCAAGCAAGAUAAUUGAUGGUAUCCUUGCAAGCACAAGUCCUGUACGCUAUGUGAGAGGCACCCUGAAAGUCAAUGAAAAUCAAGCACAAUUUGAUAUGGUCCCGUUUAGUUUGAGAAUACUGAACAAAGACUUCUCUGAUGGCCUAUCUAACAGAGGCUCCACACAGUUUAAAGAGCUCAGCACACAAGUCACAACCUCGAUGAAGAAGCUUUUUGGAAAUGAGAAAGGAUUUUCAGAAGUCUAUGUAAUGAAACUCACGAAAGGCUCGGUUGUUGCCAGUACAGAGGUGACCUUCUCCCCAGGAUCCACCUCACCAAGCAGGGUGUCUCAGAUCCUACUUAAUGGGAUCCCCUCUCUGGAAACAGAAGGCUUGAAAAUAGACCCCACUUCAAUUAACCUGCCAGUGCCAUCCACUCCCAGACCCUUCCCUGGGUUUGCUGUUGCCAUCAUUGUACUGUGUGGCCUGGCCAUCCUCAUUAUCCCAAUACUCAUUAUUGUGGCCUUGAAGACAGGGCUGUUCAAGAAGCUAGCACAAGCUUUCUCUCUGAGGUCACCAGAUUAUUAUGACUUUUAAACUGCUCACUCUUUUGGGGCAAUGAAUGUGUAUGCAGUAUCAAAGAGGGGAACAGGAACCAAAAUGAAGGCAACUGAAUUUCUAAUUUUUUACAAUAAUAUACACAGUAAUUAUUUGUUUGUAAUUUAUAUAUAUAUAUAUAUAUAUAUAUAUAUCAUGCUUGAAUCGGUGGAAUCUACACUCUCUUUGUGACCUAUAUCAGAUUAAAAUAUAUAUUUUUUAACCUAGUUUUUAUUUUACCUUUGAAAAACAAACACAUUUUGGUCUGAAUGGCUUAACGGGUAUAGCAACAAAAGAGAAAGAAAGUGUAAUAAUAAAAGCCACAGCACAGAACAGUGGAGAGCAGUUCUGUGUAUGAACACAGUGUACUAAUGAUCCCCUGGAAGAGUUAUCUGAGGCUAGGCCAAAUACAACCAAAACACACAUUUCAAACCUGUAAGGGUGUAAUAGAAAGAAGAUUGCAUGGAAAAUGAAUGUGUAUCCAUUUUAAGCAGUUUGGAAUGGUUCCCGUAGUGGUUGUGUAGAAAGCCUGUUUCUUUUGCUCUUCACACUUCCAGAGUGUGCUCUGUAGUCAUGCUGUCUGUCUUCCCUGUUGGGAUUUUGUGUAUGAAAAGGUAUUAUAUAAUUGUUUAGAAGACAGUGUUAAUACAUUAAAUAUUUUUGAACAAAAACUAAUGUACCAUAUUUGUGUAUGUAAAUCUAUGAUCAUUUGAAUUUUAUAGCAAAUAAACUAUGUAA